GCGAGGUAUAGCCCCCGCCCGGCCCCACUCGGCGCCCGGGAAAUUCCCCGCCAGCUCCCGGCGGGAGAUAAAAGCACCGGGGGACAACGGGGCGGCACAACCGGCUCCCGCCGCAACCACCAGCCAUGAGCCCGCACCUCCGCCUCCUCCUCCUCCUCCUCCUCCUCCUGGCCGCCGCCGCCGCUCUCUGCCGGGGCGCGCCGCCGGCCGGGGAGCUGCGCUGCCGCUGCCCGCGGGCCGUGUCCGAGGUGAUCUCGCCGCGCCGCCUGGCCCGCGUGGAGCUCGUCGCCGAGGGGCCGCACUGCGCCGUGCCCGAGGUCAUCGCCACGACGAAGCAGGGACAGACGAUCUGCCUGAACCCCUCCGCGCCCUGGGUCAAGCUCAUCCUCACCAGGAUCCUCAAGAGCUCAACACGGGAGAACUGACCGGGGAGAGAACCUCACUGGAGAAGACACUCAGCCUGGGGCUUCGGGGCUUUCUCCUCUUGAAAUGCACUGCGUCUCAGCUCAGCCUAUUUAUUAUUAAAUAUUACAUAUUUAAUGUAAUGAUACCUGAUUGUAUUUAUUUAAAUAUUGCGAGUACUGCAUAGGAUGUAUCUUCAAUUUGGACAUUGUCUGAAAAGCACAAUUCUAAGGGCCGUACUAAUUUACUGCCUUUAAAACCUUGCUUUCAGUGUGUUGUGCAGGAGAAAAAAUACAGGGAAUACCCUGAAUUCUUUCACAGGAAAAAAUUGCCUGGGCUCCAGCAUCAGCAAACAACUGAUGAGGCCUCAGCGUCAGCAUGAAGUGUAUUGCCAUGCUGCACGCCUUUGUAAGGACUCGAGUAACUCAUAUAGAAACACUUAGUCUACAUAGCAGCUCGGAGUAAAGAAGGCAACUGCUGCCUCCCAAAACACGUCUUUGGCUUGUUUUACACAUCGUAUAGCUACGUGCCUGGAAAAAGCCUUUCCAAGGAAAAGCCGUGCUGCCUGCUGUGUCAGAGCCAAAGGUUCGCACUGCAAUGCAAGUUCACCAGAACUUCUGGUUCCCCUCCCCUGCCAGAAGCCCCGCUGUGCACAGCACUGCUCACCUUGUGCGUCUGCAUUUUCAGGGAGCCGGUGGGUUUUGCUCCUUGCAACCUUAGACAUGUGAUGUCUUUUUUUGUAUGGCAUAAUGUCAUCAUUUAUAUAAAGCUGUAUGUAAGUGAACGUGCUGUUGUGCUGAUGGAUGUUUAUUUGUUCUAGUCCAAAUUCCUUUUGGAAUUGUAUAUAUGCUGUUUCCUCUGCUCUUCAUAGGUCUGUCCAGCAGAACAUUAAAAAGAAAGGGGAUCUAAACUACUUUUAAAUACUAAUAUUUAAAUGUCAUCAUGGUGAGACCAUAUGAUUUCUAUUCAUCUACUCAUUUUCCAAAAUGUUGAAGAA